AUGACUUCGAAACGGUUCAACACAAACAAAAUCAUUUUAUUGUCUUCGACGGUCAUAGUCCUUGCGUAUCUGCUAAGGACCCCUUGGCUUCCUAUCAAACGGGACACCAAAACCAACCUAGGAUACCCAAGAGAUUCCUUGCUGAAUUUCACCGAGCUCACCUCCGAAUAUGGAUACAUUUCAGAAGAACAUAAAGUGGUUAGCGAAGACGGAUAUAUACUAACAAUGUUUAGAAUAGUAAAAGCCAGAAAUUGUCAUGGAAAAGUCAAGUCUCCUCCUGUGUUACUAAUGCAUGGAUUACUUCAAAGCUCAGAUUCCUGGAUUGAUUCCGGCCCAAGUUCUGGACUCGCUUACCUGAUUUCUGAUGCCUGUUACGACCUGUGGGUGGGAAACAACAGAGGGAAUUAUUACUCCAGGCAACAUGUCCGCCUAAAUCCAGACAAAGAUCCCGAGUACUGGAAUUUUUACAGCCAUGAAAUCGGGAUGUAUGAUAUUCCUGCAAUGAUUGAUUAUGUUCUGGAUUAUACGGAGACAGAAAAGCUGAACUACAUCGGUUUUUCACAAGGAACUGGUGCGUUUUUAGUAAUGUGUUCAGAAAGGCCGGAGUAUUGUGAUAAAGUGCAAAUAUUGAUUGGCUUAGCACCUGCAGCAAGGCAGCUAAAUACUAAAUCAAAGAUUUUUCGAGGACUGACGCAAGCUAUAGAAAAACUAGAAAGUGUAUUGACAAUAUAUGGUGUUCAGGAAGUGCUGUCUAAGGGGGCUUUCUGUCAGGAAUUUGUGGCAUUCUUUUGUCAACUAUCAGAAAUUACGAGAAAUGUGUGUGUAAAAUUUAUAGAAAUGUUUGAUUACGUGGAGUCGUUCCAUUCAGGGUCAAUUAAUAAUAUUACUACCAAGGUGUUAUUUGGACAUUUUCCCGCGGGAACGUCAGUGCAUAAUAUGGCAAGGUUUGGUCAGAGUAUGAGAAGCAGCAAUUUCGGGAAAUAUGAUUAUGGAAAAGAAAGAAACUUAGUUGUUUAUGGUAGUGAGGAACCCCCAAAGUACAACUUAAGUGCCGUAACUGUACCUGUGGUGUGUAUUUAUGGUAAAAACGAUGGUUUAGUGGAUACGAAAGAUGUGAAGUGGUUGGUGUCCAAGUUACCCAAGGUUAUCGAAUCCGUUGAAGUUCAAGAUCCGUUAUGGAACCAUAUGGACGUGACCUACAGCCAAUAUACUAGUGAAGUAAUUUUUCCAAAAAUUAGUGAAUAUUUAUUUAUGUAUAGUAAAAAAUGA